GGUCACAUUCACAACUGAUGAGAACAAAAAUACUUAAAAGUUUAUAAAAACAAAAGCUCCUGAAAGGAUGCAAAUAUUCUGACCCCAAAAGGAUAUAAUCCUAGUUCCUGUUUAUAGUUUUCAAAUUCUAGUACUUCAAGACGCCAUGGUUCGCGUCCUGUUCCUUCACCCGGACUUGGGCAUCGGAGGAGCCGAGCGACUGGUCGUGGAUGCCGCCCUGGCUCUCAAGGAGCGGGGUCACCAGGUCAGCUUCCUGACCAACCACCACGACAGCACGCACUGCUUCAAGGAGACGGCGGACGGAAGUUUCCCGGUUCAGGUUGUGGGCGACUGGUUGCCACGCGGACUCUUUGGCAGAUUCUACGCCAUCUGUGCCUAUCUGCGCAUGCUCUAUGCGGCGAUCUAUGCCAGCUUCUUCAUGCCGCAGCGGGAGCAGGUGGAUGUGGUGGUCUGCGACCUGAUCUCCGUCUGCAUACCGGUUCUCCGCUUGGCCCGCCAUCGUCCGCAAGUCCUCUUCUACUGCCACUUUCCGGAUCAGCUUCUCAGCGCCCGCGAGGGCGUGCUGAAGCGCCUGUACCGCCUGCCCAUCAACUGGCUGGAGGAGCACACCAUCGGACUGGCGGAUAAGGUGCUGGUCAACUCCAAGUUCACGCUGCGCGUCUUCCAGGACACUUUCCGCCAUCUGAGCACGGUGCCGGAUGUGCUUUACCCUUCGCUGCACACCCAGUACUUUGAUCAGAUGCAGAAAAAGCUGGAGCAGCGGUCUGCCCUGUUGGAUGAGCCCGUCCAUCCGCGAGUGCCUCUCAACGCCUUCAUCUACCUGGACAUCAAUCGGUAUGAGCGGAAGAAGAACCACGCCCUUGCCUUGCAUUCCCUGCGCCUCCUGGGCGACAUGUUGCCCGCCUUGGACUUCAAACGCUGUCGCCUGAUCAUCGCCGGAGGCUACGACACCCGCUGCAUGGAGAACGUCGAACACUUUGCGGAGCUGGAACAGCUUACGGAGGAGCUGAAACUGCAGGAUCAUGUGGUCCUCCUGCGCUCGCCCACCGACGAGGAGAAAUGCCGCCUGCUCUUCGCCGCCCACUGUCUGCUUUACACGCCCGAAAACGAGCACUUUGGCAUAGUGCCGCUGGAGGGCAUGUACUGCUCGAAGCCAGUGGUGGCGUUGAACAGCGGUGGACCCACGGAAACGGUGGUGAACAACUCAACGGGCUUUCUGUGCGAGAAGCGGGAGAAGAGCUUCGGCGGAGCGAUGUACCAGCUUUUCCGAGACGAACCGAUGCGCCUGAAGAUGGGCGACCAGGGCCACAAGCGGGUGCAACAGAAGUUCUCAUUCCAGGCCUUCGCAGAUCGGCUAAAUGGCAUCAUCCAAGAGCUAGUUCCCAUUCCAAAGCAGUCUAGGACUAAGAAAACUGAAUAAAAUUCCAGUUAAUACAGCA